ACUCCACUCCCGGAAUGCAGUGUUUUUGUUAUUUACAUUAGAUCUUUAUUAUAAUAAACUUCUAAGCUGUAGAACAUUUACUUUAAACCCAAACUACUUAUGUAUUAAAAGUGAACUUUUAAAUUUGAAAUAUAGAUCGGAGAUUUCUAAGUGUACUCUGAUAACAUUUUGUAAAGUGUAUCUCUCCUUUCUCUCGAGUACAGGACUUUGCAAUACAGGGCUAUGAUAAAUGAAUGUGAAUGUUUAUAAUAGCACUCUGGUUCAAAUGAAAAGUUCAGAAUAUUUCUGUUUGUUUGCUUUGUUUUUUAAACUAUAGGAAGCCUUUAACGUUGGGCCAAACAUAAAUUGUGCCAUGUUGGGGUUGGUUGGCACAGCAUGAAGUCACGCUUACAAUAAGCUAAAUGAUCAAAUACCUAAAAAUAUUUACUAACAUUAAACGCGUCUUUAUUUUAGCCAAGAUGUUCAGCGCUCAUUUUCAGCUAGUUAUUAUUACCAUAUAUUAUCCUAAUACACCUGAUACAUACAGCAGAGAGCGACAAUAACCAACCCUGCUCGAUCCUAUAUUAAACAAGUAGAAUUUUAUACAGUCAUAAAACUAGCAAACAAAUGUUAGGUGCGUAAAUAUCUGGUUUAAACAGUCGUUUCGCGACUAAGCGGGCAGGCAGUGCACGCGUAUGCGCUUGUUAGGAUUGGACGGGCUAGCUGCCAGCAUCAUUGUUUCUGUGCGUGCCCGCUAGAAGCUACAGUGCCUGCAGGUUUUCGGAUGAUGCACUGGUCAGUCAAGCUUCACGUUUCUAUGCUGUUAAACAACGACGUGUCGUGUGCGUUCUGCAGCAGUCCGGGACUGGAUAUAUGCACUCUUUUUCACCUGCAGAUUAGUUCACUCGCUUGUCAUUGUCCGUCCUUGGUUUAGUUUGGUGAAGCUGAUUUUCUCUGUGGAUGUUAGAGAUUAGGGCAGUAGGAGAUUGACAUUAAGUAAGGAUCAUUUCGGCUUGGUAUAUCAUGGGGAUUGGUGCUGUGUCAUGCCGCGCAGAGUGGCACAUGCGUUUUUUUAGAGGUGGGUUUAGUAAAAGGUGAAAGCGUUGUUGAGGUGGUAGAGUCAGCGUCACUGUUUGUAAAGGUAUAAAUCGUCACCGCUUACUGCAGUUCUUUAGAGUAACCAUCUUGGUAAUGUCACCGAAUCAUUCUAAGACAUGGCAUUAAUCUUUAGACUAACCAGUACCGAACCUGCGCCCGGAAUGACCAAUGUAAGCUGUUUUGUAGUUUCAAGUUAAGGUGCAAUAGUUCAUCCUCAAGUCGCCAGCUCUUAGCUUUUUUAUAAACACUGGAUGAGAGACGUCUGAGAGACAGUCUGCUGUUCUGUGAUGUGCUGAGUUUAUCUAUGUACUACAUCCCCCGCUGAUUCAGGACUCCACAAGAGGACCAUGACCUUUGGGUGCAGUAAUCGCCGCAUCAUCCAAAAGACUGUGUGUGGGGAUCUAAGGAGAGGAUGACUGACCAGAACACCGGAUCUCCAUAUAUAAUAUUUGUCCUGGUCUUUUGCUUUUUCAUCACGGGUCUUUUGGGUUUUAUCAUUUGCCACAUGCUUAAGGAAAAAGGAUACCGCUGUCGUAGAGCUGAGUCUGAAAAUGAAGACUGUAAAAACACAUUUGGGGCAGACAGUGAUGAUGAAUCCGAAGACAAUCAAGACACUGUAGAGAAAAUACUUAAAUGUAUUAUUGAAAAUGAAGCCAAUCUGGAUGCUUUCAGCAAAAUGUUGGGAAACCAGAAUCCUUCUGAACAGUGUGACCAAAGAACACUACAUAAGGAGAGCUUGCAGGGCAUUCCCCUUCAUCAUCAUACAAUCCACUUGGGAAGUAAUCAGAGCUUUUGCCAUCACUGUCGGCAAGGUCAUUCCAAGAAAACUCAAAGCAGAAACCACAUGGUCAGAAGCAAGGGCAGACCUGGAGAGCAGACUGUAUUCUCUGUAGGCAGGUUCCGUGUCACCCACAUGGAGAAGAAGAACAAUCUUCAAGACCCGACAAAUCUGCCCAUAAAUGAAUCAAGAGAUCAUUCAGAUCCUACAGAACCCCUGAAUUCUGGGACAAGAAUGAAGGAUACUCCUAAAACAGUUCAAGAAAGUUACAAUAUCCGUAAUAUGUUCAAAGGAAUUGAAGCGACUAAUGCCAUUGUACCAAAUGCAUCCAAAAGGAAGAAAAGUGUUAGUCUCCUAGGCUUGCGUAAGGACAGUGAUACAGUGAUUUCAAAAGGGAAUCAGAGAACAGCUGAGAGAGACACCCUGCAUGAGACCUCUGAUCAGUUCCCUACUCCUUCAAAGCAAUGUUUAGGCUCAGAUCAGGUUCCUGAAACUAAUACAGAGGACAUUUCAGACAAAAAGUCUUUUAAUACAAAUUCUCUGAAGACCUCAGAAGAGAAAAUUUAUAUGCUACCAGAGAGUAAACAUUCUCCUAAAACAUCUUCAACCAAAUCAGAGAUAGAAGAAGUGAAGAAGGCCAGACCAGAUAGUCGGCGAGAUUUUCCCAUGGUACACAUGGAGGAAACAUCAAGCACAACUGCAGUCUCUGCUGAAGAAUAAAGACUGGUCACUGUGUCUCUAGGGCAAUAGAGAUACAAUAACAAGUCGUGUGUUCUCAUGUGAAGUUUGAUACUGGGGUCAAUUGAGAUUAAAACCAGUCUGACAAAAAGAUGUAGGUCAGCAAUGCAAAUUAACUUCAUUAGAAAUAUAGAAUCACAUAUCACAGUUACUGGAAUGAUUUUAUGGAUAAAAUGGAUAUCAACUUAUGAACGCUGAACAGUGUUUCAUCGCAGUAUAGUCACAUAUUUUAUGCUGCAGUCAACACAGGAAAACAUUACUCCUAUGCACACUACUACUACUAAUACAAAAAAAAAUAAUAAUAAUAAUAAUAAUAAGUAGUAGUGGUUGAUUCUAAUUAGAAUUACCUGCCUGAUACCCCAUAUAGUACACUAAUAAGCAUAUGUAAUACACAAAUCAUAUUAAUACACAAAUCAAGUGUCAUUAAUUGUAAAGACCAGAUUAACUUCAUGUAUUUUUCACAAUUCAGGAAGCAACCUGAUUGGAAAUUAGUUCUGCAUAAUGCUACGUUUGACUGUUCAACCUCAAAAUAGGUAACAAAUUAAAGUUUCCUUUAAUUAACUUGCAAUUCCCACUAGGAAGUUUGGAAAUGUGUUCUGAAUUCUCAUUAUUACUAUGAUUGGCUAAAGCUGUAACAAUGGAAAAAUGAAGGGAACACUCAAAUAACACAUCCUAGAUCUAAAUGAAUGAAAUAUUCUCAUUGAAUACUUUGUUCUGUACAAAGUUGAAUGUGCUGACAACAAAAUCAGACAAAAA